AUGAUACAAGAAUAAAAUAUUGAUUCUCUCAUUUUUUCCCCCUCUGUUGGAUCGGUCGGAUUAUCUCCCCUAUCAUAGACUGGUCGGUGCGCCAUAUUUUGCAGAGACAACGGAAUGAGCCGGGUGUUGUCAUGGUGAUGUGAAAGAUUGGAAUACGUCAGGAUUAUGAGGACACUGUUUAUUGUUUUGGCACUCGUUGCCAUUGUGUCAUUUGCCAGAGCCAAGCCAAGCAAAUAUGGCAGGAAGGAUGACGAUGAGAAGAACCUGUUCUAUGAUGACUUCUGGUCUAAGAGGUACAUUGAGGAUGAUAGUUACAGUGAUACUAAAUAUUCACCCAAACUAGAUACUAAAUGGCAGGCUGACGUGAAGCCAAAACCCCCAAAACAGUCCAAGAAUGAAAAAAAGACUAAAAUCCAGAAAGAUGUAGAUGUUCAGAAACAAGCUGAAACUGAAAGAAAAGAGAAUGUGAAGUCACGUGAAUUUCUUCAUAAAGAGAAUGACCUUGGAAAGAAAGCUGCCACCGUCUUCUCAAAACAUGGUGAUGAUACCGAGUUUGCCCAGAAAAGCCUUAAAGUUGAACCAAGUCUGAACGACAGGAUCUACGAUUACGCGGAAAAGCUGCAGCAGGAAAACAAACCAUGGGAUUUUUCUAAAUUUGAUGAUGAUGAUUUCCAAGAUCAGGACUACAAAGAAAUUGAUGAUGAGAUCGCUCAGCAGGAAGCCAAGAAGUCUGGAGAAAAUGCUGCACUGCCAGACAAAUUCAAUUCUUUUGAUCACUCGGAUGAGAAGAAUUCUGUUAAAAAGAGUUACGGUGAUGACAUGCUUGUCCCGGAUACCAGCAGCAGCAGCAGUAGCAAGAAAGAAGCUGUAGUGGAGGAAGUGCAUCCCAUUGUGUUUGAUGAUUCGCCGGCCAAGUCGGACAAACAUCACUCGGUGAAGAAGAACUUGUACAACUCAGAAUACCUCAAGGAGUACGCCAAGACGAAGCCAGACUUGAAGACCAGUCCGAACCCCCCACCCCCGGGACUGGGGAACGAGCACUCCAUGAUGGUGACGCCAUCAGGCAAGAAACAGAAGAUGUCAAAGAAGGAACCGGUCUACCUGGAGUCCAUUCCACUAGAGAAGUGUUCGGAAGACUUUGACUGCCGCAUGGGGCGGCUCUGCCACAAGGGGACCUGCGUGUGCCUUGAUAACUCGGGUUGCCGUGGUCACUACAAGCCAGUGUGUGGCUCGGACGGUCAGUGGUACCCGAGUCACUGCGAGUUACACCGGACAGCGUGCGUACGGCGAGACCACAUCAAAAUAGACCACAGAGAUACCUGUCUCAACUCGCAAGACAAGAGUGCACAUGAGAAGGAUGUUGACAAUAUCCCAGUUGACCCAUUGCUGAAGAUUGACACUGCCCUACCACACGCUGCCUUCCCUGCCAACCUAAAGAACUCUGCCGAAAUACACGAUGAUAGCAAGGCAGACUCGGAUAUAAACACACCAGAGAAGAAAACUGACGACAAAGAAAACAAAUGGGAUAAGCUAAAGACAUCUAAACCUGAGAAGAAGAAUCAUUUUGUUGAUAUGAAAAUGUCCGACAACAGUUUUGCUGAGUAUCUGAAGGACAGUGAUGAGAAGGAGAAGAAAUGUGAUGAGCAAGAAUACAGGCGUUUCAAAGAGAUCCUGUUGAAGUACCACUGUAGUAGAUUCGCUGAGAAAGACUGCAAUACACAGACACACGACAAGCGAGACUACCUGGCGACACUGAUGUUUAGUAUUUACGACAUGAACCUUGACUACUACAUCGACAUGAAGGAGGCUGCUGCGAUGGAGAGGAAGGAACGUGAACAGCGUGACUGGAGCGUGUGUGGCAUCAUGGACAUCAUCCGCCAUGCCGACCAGGACCCCGUCGACAACAAGCUGUCUGUGUCAGAGUUCGUCAGUGCUUUCAAUCUCGAAGGGAUCUCCCACCUGAUGACGGUGGUGGUGAAAGAGGAGUUGCUGCCCACACUGGCCACGGUGGGAAACGGUUUGGAGCUCAAGUGUGGACUGGCCGACGGCAAAAACAUCAUCUGGAAACGUAAUGGAGUCGACAUCAAAGAACUGACCACAGAGGAACUUCAGGUGUUUGAGGACGGGGCUCUGUAUUUCAGUAAUGAACGAAUGUUGUCUGUUUUUAUCCACAGGUGUUUGAGGACGGGGCUCUGUAUUUCAGUGUUUGAGGACGGGGCUCUGUAUUUCAGUAAUGAACGAAUGUUGUCUGUUUUUAUCCACAGGUGUUUGAGGACGGGGCUCUGUAUUUCAGUGUUUGAGGACGGGGCUCUGUAUUUCAGUAAUGAACGAAUGUUGUCUGUUUUUAUCCACAGGUGUUUGAGGACGGGGCUCUGUAUUUCAGUAAUGAACGAAUGUUGUCUGUUUUUCCAUCCACAGGUGUUUGAGGACGGGGCUCUGUAUUUCAGUAAUGAACGAAUGUUGUCUGUUUUUAUCCACAGGUGUUUGAGGACGGGGCUCUGUAUUUCAGUGUUUGAGGACGGGGCUCUGUAUUUCAGUAAUGAACGAAUGUUGUCUGUGUGUUUGAGGACGGGGCUCUGUAUUUCAGUAAUGAACGAAUGUUGUCUGUUUUUAUCACAGGUGUUUGAGGACGGGGCUCUGUAUUUCAGUAAUGAACGAAUGUUGUCUGUUUUUAUCCACAGGUGUUUGAGGACGGGGCUCUGUAUUUCAGUGUUUGAGGACGGGGCUCUGUAUCUCAGUAAUGAACGAAUGUUGUCUGUUUUUAUCCACAGGUGUUUGAGGACGGGGCUCUGUAUUUCAGUGUUUGAGGACGGGGUAUUUCUCUGUAUCUGUUUUUAUCCACAGGUGUUUGAGGACGGGGCUCUGUAUUUCAGUAAUGAACGAAUGGGUCUGUUUUUACCACAGGGGCAACGGGGCUCUUGCGACAAGUACAUUCUCUCAAAGUCCACAGUGAGUCUUGUCAUAAUUAUAACUUCUGUAGUGCGACAAGUACAUUCUCUCAAAGUCCACAGUGAGUCUUGUCAUAAUUAUAACUUCUCAGUGCAACAAGUACAUUCUCUCAAAGUCCACAUGCCGCCCAUUGUGCAGGUUUCUCCCACCUCCCAGAUGCGCGUCUCCAAGUCCGACAUCACCAUCAAGUGUCACGCUGAAGGAAUUCCAACACCAAAGAUCACCUGGCAGGUUAACGAGGUCAGAAUACCUGACUUCCCUCAACACUUCAUCAAAACUCAUGCCAAUGGCACCCUGACCGUGCACAACGCGGACUUCCACCGAGACACGGGGGCGUACAAAUGUAUUGGCGAGAACCAGGCCGGCGUGGCCGAGGGAGUCGCAUCCGUGUUCAUUCAAGACCCGGACAACAAGAAACAGUCAUAUCCCAGCUACCACAAGUCGUUUGGGACGUUUCUGGUGUUCCAUGACAAAGGUUACACGGCCUACGACCCCAACUCUUGUCUGAUCCGCCGGGAUGCGACAGGCGACUUCGGCAGCUUCAAGUUCAUCCCAGACAACAUGGACGGCCCUCUCAAACUGUGUGACCCAGACAUCGGCUGUCAGUGGGGGUCGGCGGUCAACGUGAACAACCAGUUUGUCUACGUCAGUCAGCCCAAGGAAAACCGAAUCAUCAUCAUAGAAUCCACUCACAAGUGGAACCCAAUCCAGGUGAUAGACACUGACAAGUCUCCGGUGAACCUGCACUACGUGGCCCACCUUGAUCAGGUGUGGGUGUUGUGUUGGAACGGCGACAAGGACGGCAGCACUAAGACCGUGGUUGUGAUCCGCGACGCCAGCAAGUAUAUCCAGCAUCACUCAGUCCACACGCAGCCUGUUGGAAACCGCUUCGACCUGGUACAGGACUUGUUUCUGCCACCUUCAAACGACCUUCACCAUGAAUUCAACUAUGGCUACGUGACCCACAGUGGCCAGGAGGAAUUGUUCAAGCUUGAUCUCCGCACCAUGAAGUACAUCAACACCAUUGACAUCUCCAAAUACGACUGUGUGCCCAAGACACUCACAUUUAUUCCUAUCGGAGGUCAUGUGUUGCUUCAGUGUGUCUCACCCGAGACUCACAUCUCACAUCAGCUGCUGCUCGACUACGUCACAGACGCCGUUGUCAGGAUGAUACCUACGCCCGGUAAACCUUACGUGUCCCCCGACUCCAGGCAUGUGGUCACAGUCGACGGCGAAUCGGGAAAAGUUUUCGUAUCCAUCGUUUCUGAACAAGGUUCGUUAGAGUCUGCUUUUGAACUGACUGUGAGCACCAACAUUGGCGAUGUGACCUUCUUCCCAUCAACCACCACCAAGGGUUACGACCUUGUGUUGACUUCUGCUGACAACAAUGACAUCAUCUUCUUGAUUCUGACCAAUGGCAAAGUGGAAAAAGUAAAAGGAACUAAAGAUUUUGGUGACGGAACCUCGUGGAAACCCUCUCCAGUGAUGAGGAAGAUAGCGAGUGGGAAUAUAUUCAGCGAUUAUUUGAUGACUCCACUUCAGUCGUCCGUGCGGAUAAUAGAUGGAAAACAUCACCGACUACACUGUGAAUUCAGCGGUCCACAUAACAGCCAUGUUGUUUUGUUCAUAGAAAACUGAGCCUUUUUUAACAUCUUUUUCAAAUUUAUA